UUCAAAAGGAUGAAGACUACAACUUUCUCCUUUCUCAUCUUCAUCUCCCUUGUCCAGCUGAUGGUACCAGUGAGAGCUGAGUGGUCCUUUCACUCUUUGGUGGAGAAGCUCAAGGAAAGUUUCCUUAAUCUAGAGUAUCCACCCUUCAAUUUGGCUACGAACAUCUCCUGCACUAGUAUCAAAGCUACAGGCAGACUGGCUUCCUGUCCAGCUGGGAUGGCUGUCACUGGUUGUGCUUGUGGCUAUGCCUGUGAAGCUUGGGAUAUCCAGAACGAAAAUACUUGCCACUGCCAGUGUCCAACUACAGACUGGACCACCGCCAGCUGCUGCCAACUGGCCUAA